AUGGAGGCGCUCAAGGCUGCGAUCGGCGACGGCGUGAUAACAUUCCUAUGGAUGUUCUGCAUCUCCACAGUGGGCCCCAUGACGGCGGUUAUCACCAGGCACUUGGAGCUCAAGAGCCUCCCUCGGAUCACCGUUCUCUUGAUCACCGCCCUGCUUUUGAUCUUCAGCCAAAUCUCCAAGCUCCUCGGCAAGGCCAGCUUCAAUCCUGCCAACACCGCCGCUUUCUACGCCGCCGGAGUCAGCAAGGACAGCUUGUUCUCCAUGGCCCUCAGAUUCCCCGCUCAGGUUUCGACGAUUUUUCUUUAG